UUGCUAAGGGCACAAGGCAAUAGUGACAUUGACCGCCUCGAGAAACAACUGAAGUACCAAGUAUUCUUGACAGAGGCUAAAGCAGAUGAAGCUGAGCAGCAUCAGGCACGGAUAACAGAGCUAGAGUCUGUAGUGAGUGACAAAGAUAGAGAGCUUCAGGCCAAAAACAGGGAAAUAUUGAGGUAUAAGCACACAAUUGACUCCCAAAAGCAGCGGCUAGAGGAUUACGAGCCUAGCACACAAGCCCGUGAAAGAAGCAUCCAGGCUAUAAAUAUCCAGCUACAAGAACUAAAGCGUGGAUUUGAGGCGCAAGCCCGAGAGCUCGAAGCCAACAGUGUCGAGAUGCAAGUCCAAGAGCUUACAAUAGAUGCCAAAGAGAGACAGCUACAGGAAUGUCUAGAUACCAUAGAGUCCCACAGACAAGGCCUACAAGCCAAAGACACUGAGCUUCAGAGACUACAGCUUACACUUAGCCGACAGCGUGGAGCCAGUGAGCAGGAGCAGCAGGACGUCAGGCAACUUCGCGCUGAAGGUGAGGAUGAAGCACAAGUCAGAAAGCAAAUGGAGUUGAUGGAGAUACAAGAACAGCUACGUAAUGCCGAGCAUUUGCUGUCAGAGUUCCAGCUGAGUCUGGAACAGAAAGAUAGCACCAUCGCUGCUCUUGAGAGAAUGAUUCAGGAGCUGGAGGAGCCAGACACACUCAGUCUAGUACAAUUACCACUACAACACACAACUACACCGGAAGUGGCAAGUAAGUCAAUAUCGAAGAAGGGAGUAAAUGCCCCGGAACAAAUGUCCAGAGGAGCAGCUGUCGUGUAUGGUGAUCAAGCCUGCUUCAUGCCUGUAGGUUCGCACAAAGUCUUCUCGUAUCGACACCAGAACCAACAGUGGUCUCAGUUACCAGAUAACCCAAACCCCGACUGCGGCCUUGCGGUUGUCAAUGGUGCCCUCACAAGUGUGGGUGGCUGUACCACUCAACCUACUAACGCUCUUCUUAGCCUGAUGGAAAAUGGGCGUUGGGUUGAUAUCUUUCCUCCUAUGCCCACACCACGCUGUCUUGUUGCUUGUGUCACUGCCAAGAGUAGACUAGUUGUUGCUGGAGGUGAUCAAGACAGAUGUGGUGGAGGCCUCGAAACUGUGGAGGUUAUGGACACAGAAACAAAGGAGUGGAGCACCGCAUCUCCUCUUCCAAGAAAAUGUUCCGUAUUAUCCGCAGCCGUCGUGGGAGACACACUCUAUCUUGCAGGAGGCUAUCGCUCAGAAAACUCCGUAUUCACGUGCUCCGUUUCCGAUUUCCAACCGAAAAUGAAACAAUCCGUAAUAUGGCGCAUGUUUAGUCAAACUCAGAGGAAAGAAAUUAAGGGUCUACCCGUAUUAUUUUCCACACUCGCUACAAUCGGGGACGACCUAUUAGCUAUUGGGGGAAAAGAUGACUCUGAGAAUCCUACUGCUAAUGUGUACAAGUACGACUUCCAUAGUAAGGUUUGGAAAGUGUUAGGCCAGAUGACAAACACACGAUUGCUUUGCCUUGCCGUCUCUCUUCCCGGGGAAGACUGUGUUAUGGUUGUGGGGGGAUUUGUUGAUAGAGACUAUGUCAUCACCGAAAACAGUGUCGAACUUCUGCAGAUAAAAAACGAAGAGCAAUAA